GGCCAUUGGAGUUGCAAUUAUUUGCUUAAGAACUCUAUUUUCGCUUCGCUGGUUCUUUGUGGAACCUUUUCCUUUCCACUUGGUUUUGAGAGUUCAGAAACUGUGAGAAGCAACAACAAUGGCGACAGAGCUGGAGGAACUGCUGGACUUUCUCUCAUCUCCUUCCCCACCUAUUAAAAAGGCUGCUGUAAGUAUUGUCCGGGAUUAUACGGGGUCCGAGGAUGGGCUACGCUCUCUUGGAAAAUACUCCAGUACGGCUGUUCCUUCGUUGUCUAACCUUCUUGCUGAGAAAAAGGAAGUAUCAGAACCUGCAGCAGAAGCCCUUGUUAAUUUGUCACAAAAUCGAGAUCUAGCUGGAAAGAUGGUUGAAAUGGGUAUGAUAAAAACUAUCAUGGAUAUUCUGUACAAGCAAGACUGUGACAUUACUCACUUACUGGUCAUGCUACUUGUGAAUCUCACACAACUGGAUGUUGGGAUUGAAUCUUUGCUUCAGAAUGGAGAUGAGAAGAUGCGUGGUCUGUAUAUCAUGAAACUGGUGAGGUCAUUCUGUGCCUCAUCUAAUGAGAGAAAAGGUGAUCCCUUUGAACAUGUGGCUUCUAUACUUGUAAACAUUUCACAGAAAGAAGCAGGAAGAAAGCUUCUACUCGAUCCUAAGCGAGGACUUCUGAAGCAAAUUAUCAGGCAAUUUGAUUCACCUAGCGCAUUGCGGAAGAGAGGGGUCUCAGGAACAAUUCGGAACUGCUGUUUUGAAGCUGAAGAUCAGCUGCAGAAUUUGCUUCUGAUAUCAGAGUUUCUCUGGCCAGCACUACUGCUUCCAGUUGCUGGAAACAAGAUUUACAGCGAGCAAGACACAUCUAAAAUGCCCCUUGAGCUCGGUAGUGCACUCUCAAUUGAACGUGAAACAGUUUCUGAUCCUGCAAUUCGUAUCCAAGCACUCGACGCUAUAUACUUGCUUGUCUUACAGGAAGCUGGCAGGCGAGCUUUCUGGUCUGUCAAUGGUCCCCAGAUACUACAAGUUGGGUACGAAGAUGAGGAAAACCCACAAGUAAUGGAGGCAUAUGAACGAGUCGGCUCGUUGUUGAUUCAGGAGGGUGGUGCAAGCGAAGCCUCCACUCAGGAAUCAUAGUAGCCUGUCAGGGUUGCUUGCCGCCUCAUCGCUGCAAGCAGUAUCAUGUCUGAAAUCACAAGAGAUGCUGUUUUUAAACUUUGUGACUUUCACAAAAUUUAUAGACAUUUUGUUUAUGUUUACUUUUCAAAGUAAAGCAUGUAAAACAACGAACCACAGAUCCUUUACGUGGAAAUGUAGAAUGCAGUAUACAUUACAUGUUUUGUGCAUCGAGUAUAUGAAU